AUGAAAACCAGUGCUGGUGCUCCCCCAAUCAUGAUCAAAGGUAACAAGUUUUUUUAUUCUAAUAGCGGUACUCAGUUUUAUUUGAAGGGUAUUGCUUAUCAACAAACUCUUGACGGAAACCUUUUGGAACAACAAAAGAAGGAAUUCUUGAAAGAAAAGUUACGAUCUAUAGAGAUGGCGAGUGCGGUAGAAUUAUCCAAUGAUGACGAGAGUUUUGAAGCUGCUAGUAUAAAUCCACUGCUUGAUAGUUCGGAUUUCAGUUACCUAACUGAUGAAAAUUUGAGAUACAGUGACCCGCUUGCUGAUGAGAAAUCUUGUAUUCGCGAUAUUCCUUACCUUGUGGAUUUGAACGUCAAUGUUAUUAGAGUAUAUUCAAUUAACCCUUUAGAAAACCAUGAUGUGUGUAUGAAUGCUCUAUCUGAAGCUGGGAUUUACGUUAUGGCUGAUUUAUCCGAACCAUUCACAUCCAUUAAUAGAAAAUAUCCAUCUUGGAAUACCAAAAUCUACGACAGAUACAAGUCAGUUAUUGACUCAAUGUCCAAAUAUAAUAAUGUAUUGGGAUUCUUUGCGGGUAAUGAAGUUACCAAUGAUCACACCAAUACUGACGCCUCACCUUUUGUUAAAGCAGCCAUCAGAGACACUAAGGCUUACAUUUCAGAAAAGAAUUAUAGAAAAAUUCCUGUAGGAUACUCUUCCAAUGAUGAUGCAGAUACUAGGGUACCAAUGGCCACUUAUUUCAACUGUGGGGACAAAGAAACUACUGCUGAUUUUUACGGGAUCAAUAUGUACGAAUGGUGUGGAUAUUCUUCAUUUUUUAGUUCUGGUUACAGUGAGAGAACUAGGGAAUUCAAAAACUACACAAUCCCUAUAUUCUUUUCCGAAUUUGGUUGUAAUUUGGUUAGGCCAAGACCAUUCCAAGAAGUUGAGGCAUUGUAUAGUCCUUUGAUGACCAGUGUGUGGUCUGGGGGAAUUGCUUAUAUGUACCAUGAAGAAGAAAAUAAAUACGGGGUGGUGAAGGUUGACAAAAAUGAAAAUACAGUCAAGAAAAUGGAUGAUUACAAAUAUUUGCAAAAAGCCUACGGGAAUGCCAAACCCAAGCUCUUGAAUAUUGACGAUAUGUCGAAGAAUUUAAAUACAGAAGAUCUUGUUAAUUGUCCAGACCCAAACGAUGUCUGGAAAGCAGCCCAGGCUCUUCCUCCCACUCCAAAUAGCUCCAAAUGCGAAUGCUUAGAAAAAUCUUUAGAGUGUGUUGCAUCCGCUUCCAAAAACACCGGAGAUUUUGUAAAGUUGUACGGAAUAUUGUGUCAUGAGGUUGAUUGUUCAGAGAUAGUGGGAAAUGGUACUACUGGUGAAUAUGGAUACUAUUCGGAUUGUGACGAGAAGCAAAAAUUGUCUUAUAUCUUGAAUGAAUAUUAUCUCAAGUAUUAUCGUGAUCCACAAAGUUGUGAUUUCAAAGGCCAAGCAUCUUUAGCUAGAUCAUCAUCGAAGAAAAGCAUGAAGAAUACUUGUGAUGAUUUAUUAUUGAAAAAAAAAUCGGGAAAACAAAGUGAAGAUAAUGGGAAAAAUAGUGCAGAGCAUGUCGACGAUGAUGUUGAUGAUGAUCAUGAAAAUGGACAGCGCUCAGCAGGUAAUAACCUAAAAGUUGAUUUAAUUGUUGAAUUGGCAGUGAUAAUGGCGUAUGGAAUUUUCAAGCUUACAUUUUAA